AUGUGGGCUUGUGCGGCGAACACGGAAGGAAAAACAUUAUACGCGACGAACCCGUCCUUGAAAACAACCUCAGAGAGCGAAUCGUCCACGACUACAACGUCAGCAACCAGCACAGAUAGCGGCACUGCGGACCAUGGCGGUGGUGGGAAAAGCUCCCCCAACAUCGGCGUUAUUGUUGGUGCCGUUGUUGGCGGCGUCGGCGGCCUUGCUAUCAUUGCGGCAACCAUCAUUUUCUUCGUGCGCAGCCGCAAGCAGAGCUCUGCUGGGAACAGUCCUGGCACAGCUGCCGCCGCCCAGCCCAUGCUUCGGCACCAGCAGAGUCCUCCGCUCGGCCAGGGCUCGCCAUUCGGAUUUCACCCCGACGGAGGAGGUGCCCCUUACGACCCGAGCACGGCUUACCAGCAAUACCAACGGUCGCCUCAGCAUUCACAAAGUCCGUACGACCCGCAUCAGUCGGGCCAUGUGAGUUGGGCGGCUUCGAGCUGGGGUCAACCAUCACCGGGGCUGGCUUCGUCGCUUGGUCCUGCGGCUUCUGUCGCUCCAAGCUCGAGCACUCCCGGCGCCCCCAGCCCGGGACAGCAACCUAGCCAGUCUGGCCAGUCUGGUCAGUCUUCGCAGUCAAAUGCCAUUGGUACACCCGAGAACCGGGCGGAACUGGGCUAA